AUGGUUUACGUCGGUAUUCCAACUAACUACACCGCCUCGCCGUCCUCGUUCGCGGGGACACCAUCUCUGACAAUCAACUAUGAGGCCACUCAGGAUCUCGACUCGACCAAUGCUUUCGAAGGUCCUGAGAAGCUUCUCGAGGUAUGGUUUGCGCCGUCUGCCGCCGAGCUAGGCGCCGCCGGUCCCGAAGGCCUCAAGAAAGUGCCCGGGGAGAUCUGGAAGGAUAUGCUGGACCUGGUCAACUGCCAGGUGCUUUCCGUUAUCUCCUCCGAUGAGAUGGACGCCUACCUGCUAUCGGAGUCCAGCAUGUUUGUCUGGCCGCACAAGUUGAUUCUCAAGACGUGCGGAACUACCACCUUGCUUUCGGGACUUCCCCGCAUCCUGGAAAUCGCUGCCUUGUUCGCAGGAUUCCCACGCGCCACGGCUCCCCCAUCCCGGGGCCGCAAGAACUUUUUGUUCCCUGACCGUCAGCGUGGCCCCCACCGGAGCUGGCGCGAUGAGGUGCGUUCUAUGGACAGGUUGUUCGUCAAUGGCAGCGCCUACAUGAUCGGGAAGAUGAAUGGAGAACAUUGGUAUCUCUACCUUACCGAGCCGGGCACCAUCCUCACCCCACCGGCGAGUCCCAAGGAGGAGGUUGACUUCCACGAGACCGAAACUAAGGUCCUCAACUUCCCUGACGCAAAGCUCCGCACUGAUUGUGAUGAGCACGAUGAGACCCUCGAGGUUCUGAUGACCGACCUUGACGAGGAAAAUGCGAAGCAAUUCUACCUCGAGAACGCCACUGCCGUGGCAGAGAAGCGUCACCGCAACUCGGAGAAAGACGAUGGUACUGAUCACCUCGACGUCUUCAGUAACAGCUCCGACAUGGAUGAGGAGACGGGUAACAUCCUGCCGCCGGAGCUAACCACCGAGGGCCAUGCCCUGGGCACUGUCGUCUCUGAGUCUUGCGGCCUGUCCGACGUGUACGCCAAGAGCAAGUUCCCGGAUGCUCGCAUCGAUGCGUAUCUCUUCACUCCAUGUGGCUUCUCUGCCAACGGUGUUGUGCCGGCUCCUGAUGGCAACGCCCCGACCCACUACUUCACUGUGCAUGUCACACCAGAGCCUCAGUGUUCGUAUGCGUCCUUUGAGACCAACGUGCCGCACUCCCAGAACGGCAAGGCCACCGCCGACAUCAUCCAGCAGGUCGUUGGCAUCUUCAAGCCUGGUCGUUUCAGCAUCACCUUGUUCGAGACUAAGCCCGCGUUGGAUGAGCUCGACGAAGCGAAUGGGCAGCAUGAUGUGGCACACGCUCAGCGCCAAUCUCUCCGCCGUAGCAACAAGAUGGAGCACGUCGAAGGCUACCGUCGUGUCGACCGCAUCGUCCAUGACCUGAACGGUUAUGAUCUUGUGUUCCGUUACUACGAACGCAAUGACUGGAAAGGGGGGGGCACCACGAAUUGGAGAGAAGGGGUUCUAAGGUGA